UCCGUUUACAGACAUCCAUGUCCCUCAAGGCCUCCCUCAGGCUCUGGUUUCAGGGGGACUCUGUUCUCAGGUUAAAAGGAAUGCAGCUUGCAUCUUGUAGUUUAAUGAAUUAACAUAAAUCUCUGAGGUAGCAUUGUUGGACCCGGCUCACAAACCGGACUAUCGCUGGGCCCUGGGUUGGUGUGAAAUCAAAGUCAAGGGAAGAACAUGGCCCCUGACCCCUCCCCUUUUCCCACCUCUUCUUGCCCAGCCCUUUCUGUUUGGGGCACGCAAAGUAGUUAAAAAUGUCAAACUCACAGUAUGCACUGUCAACAACACAAUCAGGAGACUGAAAUAAAAUCCUCCAACUUCACGGUGAUACUUUAUACUUACAUAGCGCCUUUCAUCAGGAGCCUUCCAGUGCCUCAGGAACAUUAACCCUUGCUCACCCUCCUGGGGCUGGGCCUGGAGCAUAGGUUGGCUGAGAAAGCAAAUGUUUGGGGGUAUGGCACACUAUUUCCAGGACAAUUGUCAUGGUGGGUGACAAAUUUUACAUCUCCCCACUUCACCUCUUUCAACAGGCAACUGCCAUAUCAGCCCCACUCCAGCGGUGGUGUACCAUAGUGUCGACAACCCGAUAGGUAGACUGCCCAUGUGUUGAGGGUACUGGAAAGCAGCUCUCUGUUCCCCCAGUGAGGAAAAAGAGCAUUUGGAAGUUGGAAAUGUGAUAUAUCAUGAAAUGCAUCAAAGCAGUUGGUAUGGAGUAAUGUGAACUUUGUUGGACUUCUUCACACUUUAUGGUUUACUCUUGUGGUUUGAUUUAUGUAUGGGGACUACUGUGACAUCUGAAGCAAUUAAAGCCAACAAACAUCUUCAUCCAACUAUGUGCUUGGAACCAUUAAUGGGCACCUGUUUCUUCUUUUCCAAGUUACACUUUGUGCACAAACUUUGUGUCAAAUGUGAGCUAUCAUUGGUAAUGGGUACCAGGAAUUUGUCAGUUGAUCACAGUGCUCUUUCCUAAGGAACCUGAACAAAGCUACACAAUCUUCAUCAAUGUCUGAUUGUGGGCAAGAGGGUUGUAUACUUACCUUUCUUUUUAUAACCAAUGCUUCUUAAAAUGUGGUCUGAGGACCAUUUGCAUAAGAGUGAUGUGGGCCACUUUCUAAACAUGCAGAUUCUCAGGGCCCCUAGAAACUCACACUCUCAAAGCCAUGCUAAUUUGUUUGAGGAUUGCUGAGGUGUUCCUAUGUUACUCCUUCUAAAAUCUCUGUUUCCUAUUUCUGAUCACAUUAACUCCUAAUACAGUUUACUGGCUGGCAACAGGCUGUUUUGUAAGCACUGGUAGAACCAUUAACUUUACCAGAAAAAAAUAGACAUUUGAGGAAAGGAAUAUGAUUUACUGAAGGCUCUCAGUGUGAAGGGAAGCAGGCAGUAAGCACACUUGAAUGCUUGUUCUCCAGUAUUUUCUCCUCACAAUUGGAUCUUGCACAUCUCUAAAAGCAUGGAGAAUUCACUCCAGGGUGAUGGUGUGGGACUAAGUCAUGUGACUGUGAUUCUCAUGGUCUUUGAGGCCUAUGCUAUAUGCCCUCUAAUUGCUAAGCAGAGGGGCAGGUUAUAGAAAGCAGCAAAAGUCACACUAGUUUGAGAUUGGAGUCUGAAUAUCUGUUGAAUGUCCACUGCCAUAUAUCAAAUACAAGAAUCAGAACUCAGCACUUUAAUGAUGACUCCAUGCAUCUAAUUCCAAUUUGCCAUGAUUCACACUGGUUUAUCAAAUCUCUUUUCAAUAUUUAUAAUCCUCAGAGGGAUCUAGGUCUCCCCAGGACACUGGAAGGUCAUGUAGACCUGAGCUGAGACCUAUUGCCUACUGUUUGUGUGAUCAAAGUCAAAUUCCUUAAGUCACAUUAUUUCUCUGGGCCUCCAUUUCAUCAGUUGUAAAAGAGAAGUGAAAAUAGUAAGCAACUCAAAGGAUUAUUUUAAAGGUAAAUUAGGUGAUGUAUUUAAAUAGCACACAUAAAAGCUUAAUAAAUGGCAGUAAUUAUACUUGUCUAUGGGGAUGAGAGGGGGUAGACAGAGAGGAAAUCGGACACUGGAAGUAGAAACUGCACCUGUGAUGUCUUGUUGGGUCUCUAGUAAUAUAUGAUCAUCACCAGCAAGCCCCUCUAAGGGGCCUUUUGGGCUGUGUUUACACCUUGCAGAUCUGAUUACCUGCUUUUACUUUAUAGAUUUUCCAGUUUAAGAUGGAAAGCACUUAAACAUAAAGAAUGCAGCAUUAAGACUUUUAAAAACAUGAACAAGGAAAUAGACAUACACAUGCCUGUGAUAACACUGCCUGGCAAUCCUCCAUGGGUGAGGGGCAGGCCCCUUGGGGAGAGAAAAAUUGCCUAAAUAAAGGACUAGAAGGCACUGGAAGGGAAGGUGGGCCAAGCAUCUCAGCAGGUGCAGGACAUUUUGGCAGCAGCAUUAAUGAGCACCUGAUAGAGGUGGAGAAAACAGCUCCCCCCCACACCUUUCCCUUAUUUGUUUUUAUACUAAGUUGUAAGUCAAGUUAAAUACUUGUAUUUAACUCUCACUUGUUAAAGUAUAACUAUCACACCCAAGGGGCUCCAAAUGUACAUUUAAAUAGAAUGUGGCCUCAGUUUCCUGUAAUGUGUGGAUCAUAGCAAAAUAAAAACAUGCAAGGAAAUAAGGGCUGUGCUUUCCUUUUCUUGAAAUUAUUACAGAUAUGAGAUACCUUCUCACUAGGAAGGAAGACAUGACUCCAGUAUGUUUUCUCUAGAGGAAUGGAAAUAGUGCUUCGAAAAACCUGUCGUACCUUGGUGGAAAUUUUCAAUCACUCUUUUUCUUGAACAUAUUUUUUUCCCUAAAGAAAAACAUAGUAUCUAAUACAGGGCUUAUACUUGGGAAUUUCCACUAUAGAGACCUGUAGACCAUACCUAGGGCAGACAGCCUUGUGUUUUGUGCCAUCACCACAGGCCACUGCCUUCCAAAGCCCCAAGUACCUUCUUAAUAAAGCUCUGAAGACUCCUGUGGAUUAGACUUUCCUGACUGCCCCCCACCCCCACCCCCCCCGACUCCCUCACAGAGUUCCUUAAUGUUAGACUAGCCAUGACAAGGAGCUGGGUAAACCUGUGCCCUUACAAGUUUUCCUUUCAGUGCUUGCUAGCAACCAAUGAACUGAACCAAAGUGGUUCAUACUUGUCUUACCUUAAAACUCCAUUUGUCAAACAGCAAUUGCACAAGGGAAAGGUCAACACUUUAUGUUCUGAGCACUUAACUUUAAUCAUUUCUUAAGGUGGACAGAGUCUAAGAGGUUUUCAAAUCAGUCCUCACAUUUAAGGGGAGGAGGUCUCAUUCAAUCAGAAAUGAAAACCCAAUGCCUGGUUCUCCCUCUUUACCCCAUUUUGUCUCCAGGAAGUGCUGUAACCUAGGAAAAACCCCAUCAGUAUGCAUCCAGUCAACAGCCAUAUACUGAGCACCUACUAUUUGUCAGACACUUGUGGGAAUAGCUAGGUUUCUCCUUGUAAUUAAUCUUGAAAAUUGUACAAUCAUGUACUUUUAUUAUUUAAUAACAAAAGUAGAACAUGCUCAUUGAGAAAAAAAUUCAAACCACACAGGAGCAUAUGAAGUGAAAACUCCCCAAUCAUACUGACCAAGGAUAACCACUGUUGAUAAUUUGCAUAAUUCCCCCCAGCACACAGAAAUUCUGUACUGUAAUUUGUUUUAUUCAUUCAAUGAGCAACUACCUACUUCCUCCUAUGUUAGUACAUUUUUUCAAUCCCCUCCAAGUUUUUUAUACCCCACAUAUAUCAUAAUUUAUAUAAUAUACUUUUUCUCUGAUUAAUGAAUAUUUAGGUUGUCUCUUUGUUUACAAAUAAUUCUGCAAAGAACACUCUUGAUCUUAUAUCCUUAGGCUCUUGUGUGAGCAUAUUUAUGGGAUCAUUCUGAAAAAGGGGAAUUACUGGGUCUAAGGGUUUGGACUUACAAAAUCUUUAGGUAUUUUUAAGUUGUUUUCCAUAAAUGUUGUUGAUUUAAACCCAUUAGUGACAUACAAGACAUGCACUUCCUAUAAAUGAUUCUUAUGUGAAAGUGGAAUAUUUGGGGACCCUACCAAAUCAGUAAUCUAUCUAUGUUCUUUGAGAAAAAGAACUUUUGAUGCUUGAGCAUCCUCCAUGGGUAAUUAGUGAGAUGUGAGGUCAUUGUUUUCCAGGGUAGGGAGAAUGCUUACUCUAAAUAUAUACCCCAUUCCACUGAAUCUACCCUUACUCCUGCCUGCACCCUCAGUGCCCACCUCCCCCAUUUCUGCUUCAGAUUCACUACAGAGGGCUGGUUAUUUGGGUAUAAACAACACAACACAUUGGCUGCCCUCAAAGACCUUUCACACUGGGCUGGGGAGACAGAACACAGACAGCUAAAAACAAGCUAAAAAUACAAGUCAGUAUAUAAAAAGCAGCACAUAAAUAAAAAUAGGGCAGUUCAGAGGAAGGAAGGAAAACAGCCUCUAGAGUUCCAGGUCCAUGGCAGGGACGCAGUGUAGGAUUGCUGAUUUCUCCAGGUGGGGAUGGGGUAGGUGAAGAGAUGAUCAUAAAAACCUUAAGAACCAGCUGACACAAGCGAGAUUCCAUGAGAGAGUGGAAAAUAGGGGAGGAAGUACCCAUUUUUAUCUUGGUAGUGGGAAGUGGGUUGGGCUUGCAGUCUCCCUGAGAUACUAGCUGUACAGGGCUGAGGUUUUCUGUUGUUGUGUUUUGCAUGAUGGGGGUGGCACAGGUAGGUCAUUAACAUUUUGAGAAUCUGAAGAAAGCUUCCAGCACACAUCUCAGAAAAACUCCAGCCUAUUUGCAGGUGCACACAGCAUUUUGCCUACAUUUCAGGGAGCUCUUUCUUGUACCCCCAAGUUGAAAAACUCUACAGUGCAUCUAAAAAGAGUAGCAAUCCAGGGCAAUCCAUGUAGAAAAAUGUUAGCCAGGUAUAUAUGUCUCAGUACAAGUUGUGAGGCAAUGUAAGACUUAACUAAUAUUUAUAUACUUAUGAAUCAUCAGACUCUGAAGCUGACUGGAAACAGGUGAGCAAACAACUGGAUGGGGCUGUGCUGUGCUGGUAUUUCAAAGUUUUCCUUCUUCCCGUCUUCAGUUGAUCCCACAUAAAUUGGUGAGGGCAAUUCUCAAGUCUUUUUUCAGGAGAAAGGAGCCGACUGGAGAGAAACCAAGCUCUUGAAAAUUCGAAAUCAAUGGGAUUAUUUAUGUAUGUAUAACUGGAGUCUACUCCAAGAUGCCGGUUUUGCUGCAGAAAAGAUACUCUAGCUCCCCACCCCCUCCAUUCUUUUUGACAGUCAGUUAAUAAAGACUCAACAGUAAGCAGCUGCCAGUGAUGUCAUUUGGGACUUUGUCCGCGGAACUUGUAUUUACAAGCUUGGAGCAACCACGGAGCCGCAGCUCAGGGAGCGAGUCUCCGCAAACUUGCUCCAAAUUCACUGCAGGACUUUGCUGCCUGUUUGGAUGUUCAGGAAAACUGAGCGUGUUUUCUGAGCAUGGCCUUUUAAUGCUUCAAAAGUAAACAGGAUAAACUCGGGAGGAAAUUUUUAGCUGGAGAGAGUUGUUGCAGUUCUGUGUCUGUCUCCAGGACUGUGACAUGUGUUGACUGAAGAGCUAACUACAAGUGGAAGGAUUUUUUCUCAUGAGCAUUGCACACAGUAGAGCUUUCAUUCUUCUUGUCUUCACCUGGACUGAUUAUAUUGGCCAAGCAGCAAAUCAGUGACCCUGGAAACAGAAGGGGAAUUCUUAUAAAUCACAAAGGAAAAUAAAUAACUUCACUCAUGGAGGGAAAGAGACAGCUUGAGAAAAGGGACUUUGGAAAAAGGCUGUCUCUAGACAGCAGUCUUGUGGAAUACAUGGACUCCAAUAAAUACAUUGAGCAUCUGCUAAGUCAAUUGGAGGAGCAACACAGAAGUUUGUGGAGGGAGAAGUUGGCCGUGGCCAGACUGCAGCGGGAAGUCUCCCAAAGAAGAAGUGAGGGGGCCAUGCAUGAGAAGCUGAUACAUGAAUUGGAAGAAGAGAGACACUUACGUCUUCAGAGCAAGAAGAGGUUGCAGGAGGUGACGCUGGAGUCGGAGCGCAACAGAAUUCAGAUGCGAGGACUUCAGCAGCAGUUCUCCAGGAUGGAAGAAACAGUACGAAAUCUGUUACAGAGUCAAGGACCUCCAGAACAGAGAAAAGAAGAAACUGUUAAUAUAAUGAUCUAUCAGGAAAAACUGUCAGAGGAAGAGAGAAAACACAAGGAAGCUUUGGAAGACCUUCACGUGACAGUCGACGAGGAUUCAAGGAGUGAAGGCAGCAGUGCAGAUGAGGGGAAAGAAAAAACCAAAUUGCUGUUAGAAAGAUUGAAAGCUCUAGAGGCAGAAAAUUCAGCACUGGCUCUGGAAAAUGAAAAUCAAAGGGAACAGUAUGAGCGAUGCCUUGAUGAGGUAGCCAACCAAGUUGUUCAAGCUCUGCUCACUCAAAAGGAUCUAAGGGAGGAAUGUCUAAAGUUGAAAACAAGAGUGUUUGAUUUAGAACAACAGAAUCGAACAUUAAGUAUCCUGUUCCAACAGCGAGUCAGACCAACUUCUGAUCUGCUCCUCCAGAAACUUCACUCACGCAUCUUCGAUCUUUCAUCCGGGGAUUUGCUCACAGAGGUGGAAAGCAGCCGAAGUCUAACGCAGUCACGAACUGGUGCUGAGCUGCAUGAAUGCCAGCCGAAUGCAAAAUCAGGAACCCCUGCUCUGAAAUGCCCCAGCUUAGGGCUUGUCAUCCCUGGCACUCUCUGCCCCCGAACGAGCUGCAGCAGCAGUGAGCUGUCUCUGUCAAGCACCUGCAGUGAGCACUCCAGCGGCUCUUCCUGCACAUGGCAUGAUGGGAAGAACCUCAGGAAAAGGCAAUCAUCACAAAACUGGGAUAAGAGGCUAAGUAUCGACUCUUCACUCCCAAGUGGCUUUGCUAGUCCUACAGAUGAACUACCUCCAUCUCGUGUCAAGGAAAGCCACAUUUUGGAAGGACUAAGAAAGCUCCAGAAGCAAAAAGUGUUACUGGAACCCCCAUCAGUGAUAACCAAAUGGGGUUAUAAAGAUUGCAUGAACUCAAACGAAGGAAUAUAUUCUCCAGGAAUUAAGAGUAGCAGUAUCAAGGAGCAUGCCCCCCACAGAUCCCCUGGGACCAACCACGAGGGGCCCCACAAGGCAUUUGUGUGUGGCACAGAUUCCCACGAUGCCGAGGAGGACUCUUCCUCCUUAGCAUUCCUCCAAGUGGUUCCAAACCAGGGCUGCAGGCUGCACAGUUGUAAAUUAACCCACAGUGUUUCUGACAGUCUGUUUGGCUGGAAUCUGAGUGGAAAACAUUUUCCCAAAGGCACAUCUUCAGUUUACCCCAGGGAGAGGCCUGAAAAGCUGACCCGUUGUGCCAGCAGCUGUCCCAUGGGGAGAAAGCUGUGCCCAAGUGUGCACAUGCCUGAGGCGCAGAGAGAGGGGGAUCCAUGCAGCCAGGACCACCUGGCUCUCUGUCUGCAGCUUUCUGACACCGAGGACGACACCCUCGAUGAGCUGCACAUAGACAGCAGUGAUGGGAAAAGCCCUUCAGAUUUGUCCCUGACCACCGACACCGACAAAUCCGUGGAGAAUCUGGAUCACCUCACAAGAUUUGGAAAAUCUGACAAGGAGGGAAAACAAGUGCCCAUCCACAUAGAGAGCAGGCCAAAGACGUUCAGUUUCAUUAAGCAGCAAAGAGUUGUAAAAAGGACUUCUUCAGAAGAAUGUGUUACUGUAAUAUUUGAUGCAGAGGAUGGCGAGCCCAUUGAGUUCAGCUCUCACCAGACAGGUGUUCUCACUGUUACCAGAGAUGACAUUUCCAUCAGUCAGGCCCCUGCUGGACCCAAGGCAGAAGACUCUGAGCUUUCACCUCAGGGAAUUCCUCACUUACAGCCAGGAACUGCUGCAAGAAACUAUGCUUUCUUAAAAACACCUGAAGAGAAAACUGAGAACAUACCAAGAGACAAUGUAGGUAACGUGGCUGCAGCAUCCACUGCAUUUUUCAACCCCAGGACAUUAACCCAAAAUACUCAGCAGCAAAGGUUGGCCAGACCAACACACAGUAUGUCAUGCCAGAGUGACUGUAGGUCUUCAGUGUCCAUGGGUAUGUAUCCGAAGCAAAGCCUGACAAAAAUACCUGCCAGGGGCAAGUCUCCACCUCAGAAAUCAAAACUAAUGGAGGCUGAAACUGCCACAAGAGUCCCUUCCUCUGGCCCAGUGACUCUUGAAAAAUCACCCACCCUAGCUCCCAGUAAACUCUUACAAUCCACGAAGACUGAGGGCCUGGAACCCCUUGCUGAUUUACGGCCAGAUUCACACAUUCCAAAACACCGCACCCAACCUCUUCACAGCUCCAAAAUGUCCAGCAGAAGGGAAGGGGCCCAGUGCUCCAAGAGUCCAGGUCCUGCACCACAGCCACUGUCGAGGCCCCUCCCUGAGCCUGGUGACAAUGGAGAGCCCCCCACCAGGGAUAAACACUGUGAUGCUGGGCCAGAGGCCAGGCUGGAGGCGCCUUCCUGCCCACCCCAUCCUGGCAGGUCAGUCUCCCUACUCAGGCCCAGUUAUGACUGUUUGCUACCACCUGCCAAGCCUCAAGCCAGAGUCCCUAGCGAAACAGCAAGGACUGUAUUCAAAGCCCCACCUCUGAAAGGAUCCUCUGUUCCUAUCAUUUCUUCUAAUCUGACCAUGACGGAAGUGCCAGGGAAGAAACCGUCAAUGGCCUUCAAAAAGCCUAUCUUCACUCACCCUCUGCCUUCCACGGAAACAGGGAUUCAAACCAGAUGUGCUGCCCACACGCCCUCCAGAUCAUUCGCCAUGAAGGCCCCGGGGCCCCCAAAGGUCUCUCCAAAGAGAGGUGUCGCCAAAACCCCACCUCACCAAACGCUUGGGGCUGCACACACGGACCCAGAGUUACGGACUCCCAAGAGCUGCCCUGCAGCCCAGGAGCCCCCGGAAACAUUGUCCUCCGGAAGUGUAGACCCAGGGAGACAAGGACAACAGAAAGACAGCGUCUCCACAUCACCUAGGCCUUCCGUGUUAGGUGUCAGUGAGUCACCGCCAGCUCAGGGAAGCAGUCCCUCUUCAUCACCAGCCUCCAGAGGCUGCCACAGCCCACAUGGUUUUCUGCAUGCUCAUGAGAAAGGCCUGACAGCUCGCCUCCCAGCUGGGCUCAGAGUUCUCACAAAGUCUCCCCAGUUGCUCAGGAAAAGUUCCACGGUGCCAGGGAAACAUGAAAAAGACAGUCUAAAUGAAGCCUCUAAAAGCUCUGUGGCUGUACGCAAGUGUCCACUCGAGGACUCUGGGGCUGCAGCAAGCCCUGGGGCCACAGUGGGUGAAAGCAGUGGGACUCCGUGGGGGCUGCAAGCACAAGACAGUUUGGCUGAAGAGCUUCUCCUGGAAGCUGCCGUCCCAGAGGCAUUGGAAAAUGGGGCUGCUGCUGGAAAAGAUGGGCUAGAAAACAGGUCUGUGAAAAGAUCCCUUUCCUCCAACAAGCCACACCCCAAACCAGCUCUAGGCAUGAACGGAGCCAAAGCCCGCAGCCAGAGUUUCAGCGCUCGCUCAGGAGACAAGCCCCCAACUCCGCCCAUAGAAGGGCCUGGCAAAGUCCGAACUCAGAUUAUUACCACCACUGCCGAGAGAGGCAGUUCCCUCACCCGGCAGAGCUCCUCCACAGAAGGCUCUCCGCACAAGACCCCUGCUGCCCCCAUGCCUGACAGUCCGCCCAGUGCCGGGAGGCCCCUGGGGCAUCCCUCCUCCAGGCAAAGCCCCCUGGGGAGCACGGGCAACCCCGGCAGCCAGCACGGGAGCCCACGCAAGUUGCCUUGGAGGAUCCCUCGGAGAUCUUUAGGGCCCCUCGCCCCUGCUGGAAUGGAAGACCAGCAGGCCUGCCCUCAGGGAGGAGGCCCUCGUGUGGCUGUCCCUGAGGAGUCAGGCAGCGACCACUGCAGAUGCCCACCCACCCCAGCACACUGCCCACGAGUCCUGCAAAGUCCAGGGAGGACACAGUGUGCAACCAACACUGAAACAAGCAGGACUCCCAAGCUAGAAACUUCUGGAAGAUAUCCAGAUAAUUCCACAACCAGGACUGGUGCUGUGAGCCCAGAAGCCCCCCUCUCACCCACAAUUGAAGAAAAGGUCAUGUUGUGCAUUCAGGAAAAUGUGGAAAAGGGCCAAGUACAAACAAAGUCCACGUCUGUGGAGGCAAAGCCGAAGCCCGGGCCUUCCUUUGCCAGCUGGUUUGGUUUUAGGCGGAGCAGACUUCCAGCUCUCAGUAGCAGGAAAAUGGAUGUCCCCAAAAUGGAAAGGAAAGAUGCAAAAGGUUUGGGGUUUGGAAACAAACAGCUAAAAUCAGAGAGAAAAAAAGAGAGAAAGAAUCUCGAACUACAGUUUGAGAUAGAAAAUGGGCUUAACAGGGACUCCGAGGUGGCAGAUAGCCCAGACGGUGGUUUGCCAAGCAAAAAUUAUCUGAAAACGCCACCACUGGACAUUUACCACCAAAUGACAUUUGAACCGCAAAGCAGACCCAGCCCUGUUACGGGUUCAACAAAAGAUACCUUUUUGACAGAACUUUUGAACAGAGUUGAUAAGAAAGCAGCUCACCAGACAGAAAAUGGAUCAAAUAGUGUUGCCUGCAGGAGUGUGUUAAAGGGCAGCUCCCAGGGCUCAGGUCUCACCUGCAGCUCUACCAGCCCUCAAGGAAACCACAAGAAGAACAUCAAAACUAAAGCUGAUCUGGAAACACCAAAAGGCUCACUGAUAAAAGAGGCUAAUGAAAACCUGCAAGAUGAUGAAGAAGAUACAGUUGCAGAUUCCACAUUUCAGAGCCACAUCAUAGAAUCAAACUGCCAGAUGAGGACAUUGGACAGUGGGAUUGGAACCUUCCCACUCCCAGACUCUGGAAAUCGCUCAGCAGGACGGUAUAUAUGCCAGCCAGACUCCCCAGAGGACGCAGGGCCCAUCCUGUCUCUCCAGCCCGCCCUUUGUGCAGCUUCAUCCAUCGGAGCCCAGACCCUUGAACGAGAAGUGCCUUCCUCUGCAGACUGCCAGGGCACUGCAGAUGAUGCCACUGUGCAUCCCACAUCAGACCCCAUUGUGACGGCCAGAGGGACACGACCUCUUCAGAGCCGCCUCCCCAAGCCAGCCUCCUCAGGAAAAAUCAAUUCCCAGAAGCAGAAUGAAGCAGAGCCACAGCCUCAGACUUGCUCGUCAUUUGACUAUACUGACAACACCAAGGCAAGGGAGCCACUUGCAGACUGGGGCAGUGAAGACAACGCUGAGACCCAGAAAUUGAAACAAGUUGAAGAAACAAAAGGAGAUCCUGAGAAUAGAUUAUCUAAAAUAUCCCUGGAGUCGUUCAAUAAAUAUAACAGUAAAACUGUGACUUUAUUAGAAAAAGAGAAGAACUCACUGAACAAGGUUGAAGAACAAAAGGAAGAAAAAGAAAGAAAUGAACAGGCAUCUCUGAGUAGCUCUGAUAGGCCUGGGGUAGACAAUUUGGAAUCUCUGAGUGAUUCUUUAUAUGAUAGCUUCUCUUCCUGUGCAAGUCAAGGUUCAAAUGAUGUAUAAAGGACUUGUGUUUCCUUAGUGAGCUGGAAAUGGAGCACUUAAGAAACAGGGGUGGCAGGGCAGCAGGCAGUGACAACAAACUCCUUCAACACUAGAGCCUACACUGUUAGAUUCACAGCAAGCAACCCCCUGGAGCUUACUAUCUUGACAGGGCAGGAAAGAUCAACUCCAUUUGUCCUGCUUCGGAGAAUGGAAAACAAACACACCAACAAUACAGUCUUAAUUUUGCACUUUUUUUUUUUGAAUACUUGUACAGAAGUUGUAAAUUUUUUGGAAAAGAGAUUAUAUUUGUAGCAAAAAAAAAAAAAAAGCCAGCAAUAAACUGAAUCAGUGCCAUGCUCUUGAAACAAUGUCCUAGAUCUUAGAAGUUGAUAAUAUAUUUUUUAAAAAUUCCAACUAAAGUUUGUGUUCAGUUCAGCGUCCUAGUCCUUCAAUUGUUUGUGGGUACACUCUGUAAAGCUACACCAGGGCCUGCCAAAAACCAGAUGGCUUACUGUAAUCUCUAUCUCACUGUUUCAAUUGGAUAUAAACUUUAAUUCUAGUACAAUUUCCAAAUUGUUGCCAGAAAGAUUCAAGUUCUAGUAACAAGUGUAAUUCUGCUCCUACUGAAAAAGGUAAAGGGUACUGACGUGUGACACUGGUCGGAAGGGGUAAGUGACAGAAGGGAUAAGGGUCAGAAGUGACCUGAUUCCAUUUUCAAUAGCAGGUUUUCCCUCCAAGCAUUUUCUACAUCCUCUUGUACUCAGUACUCUAUGAUUCUCAACAUUGUUGAUUUUAUCUUCCUGCUUUUUAUUAAAAUACAGGCAAUCUAAAAAUGAAAGCAAAUUCCUGUUUGCAACGUUCACUUUUUUAAAAAUAAAAGGAACGGUUGGUGCUAAAAAAAUUCCUACUUUUUAAUAUCCUUUUUUCUACAAAGUCUGUUUAUAUGUAAGGAUAAAUUCUAUUUUAAAGGUUAUUUGUAUUUUUUCUAGAUGUGAACUAUUUAUAAGCGCUUUUGUACAGGAGCUUGUAAACUAGGUAUAAUAGAAAUAUUUUUAGGAUCUAUAUGGUUACUUUAGUACAUACUUGUUUAAGAGUAUUGUAUGAUCAGUGUUAUUUAGUUAAUUUGUGCAAUUUGUUACAUUUUAAUUUUAUCUUAAAUGAUAUUAUGUAAAGUGUCAUUGUCUUUCAGACUUAAUUAUUUUGAUUCAUUUCUGAAUAAAAGUAUUACAAUCGCA